AUGAGUAAAUAAGAAAUUCAACAUUUCAGACUCUUAAAAAAGUUUCUAAAUUCUUCACUAACAGACCAUACUAACUUAGACAUAAAUCUUUAUAACAAGAAAAUUAAUUUUAAAGAUGUUUCUGAUUUAAGUUCUGCUUUAGUAAAAUGCACUAACCUUUCAGUGCUGAAGCUUAAUUUAGAAUUUAAUAAACUUUGUCAUCAGAGCGCAUCAAAUUUAGGAUAAAUGCUAUCAAAAUGUUCUUAACUCUCAUUUUUAGAACUUAAUUUAUAGUAGAAUUAAAUUUAAGACUUGGGAUUAUCAAAUUUAGUAGAAGGAAUAGCUAAACUCACAAACCUUUCUACCUUGAAAAUGAUUUUAGGAUAGACUUAAAUUAGUGACUAUGGACUAUCAAAUUUAGGUACUUAAUUAGGAAAAUGCACUAAUCUAUCUGUACUUAAACUCACUUUAACUGGAAAUAAUAUAAGAGAUAUCGGAAUUACAGGCUUAGGUUUUGGACUAGCAAAUUGCAUAUUACUUACUCAAUUAAAAAUUUGUUUAGCAUUGAAUAAAAUUGAAUCUUUUGGCACAUUUGAUUUUGCUUGUGGAUUAACAAAAUGCACAAAUAUUUCGACUUUGGAGCUUAACUUGCAUGGAAAUAGCAUUUAAGAUAAAGGAACAUAAGGCUUGAGCUCAGAAAUAGCAAAAUGCAUUAAUCUAUCACAUUUAAAACUCAAUUUAGCUUUCAAUAAUAUCUUUCAAGCUGGUGCUGCAGAUUUAGGAUAAGGAUUAUCAAAAUUAACGAAUCUAUCAACUCUAAAACUUAAUUUGGAUUAGAAUAAAAUUCAUAAUGCAGGCUUGUCAGAAUUAUGUUCAGGAUUAGAAAAAUGCAUCAACCUUUCUAAUUUUGUAAUCAAAUUGGCAGUAAAUAAGAUUAGUGAUAAGGGUGCUUCUAAAUUAGGUUAACUAAUGUCGAAAUUAAUUCAUAUCUAAAAUUUAGAAAUAGAUUUGUUACUUAAUUAUAUUGGUGAAAAAGGUGUUUCUGAUUUAAUGUCUGGAUUAAUCUAAAUUACCAAGCUAUAGCAUCUACGAAUUGAUUUAGGAAUUCGUGAUACAAGUGUUCAAUUAUUAGGCCAAUAUUUACUAAAAUUUGUUUAUCUUUAAACUCUGUAUCUUGAUUUAAGGGGAAACAAGAUUUCAAAAGCUUCUAUUAAAUAGUUUGAGUCUCAUAUGUUUAAAAUAAUCAGGCUAGCUUAUUAUUAGCUUUAUUAUAAACGUGUUCUACCAUAAAGUGAUUAAGAAUAGCGUUUAGAAGAAGAAGAAGAAUUAAGUGAUGAACAAGAAGAAGAAGAGGAAGAAAAUGAAUAAUAAGUAUAUAGUGAAGAAGAAAUUGUAAAAUAUGAUAGCUAAGAAGAAUAUGAAUAUGAAAGUCUUAAAGAAAUUGAAGAAAUAGGAAAAAAUGACAAAUAUGAUGAAGUAUUGGAUGAGGAAAAUAGUUAAUCCAAUUAAUUAGAUGAUAUUUUCUAAAAAUAUAUUUUUUUUUGA